AUGGGGAAGAACUAUUACAAGAUUUUGGGCAUCCAGUCUGGUGCUGAUGAGGAUGAAAUCAAGAAAGCCUACCAGAAAAUGGACCUGAAGUAUCACCUCGAAAAGAUUAAAGACCCCAACGCUGAGGAGAAGAUCAAGGAGAUCGCAGAGGCUUAUGAUGUCCUGAGUGACCCCAAGAAACAAGCCAUUUAUGACCAGUAUGGGGAGGAAGGUCUCAAAACUGGAGGUGGCUCUUCAGGUGGCUCAGGGAACACUUUCCACUACACCUUCCACGGAGACCCCCAUGCCACCUUCACAUCCUUCUUUGGAGACUCCAACCCUUUUGAUAUCUUCUUCGCUAGCAGCCGCUCCCAGGUGUUCAAUGGCUUUGACCAGGAAGAUAUGGAUAUCGAUGAAAAUGAUGACCCUUUCAGUGCCUUUGGCCGGUUUGGCUUCAAUGGCAUUAACGGGGUUUAUCAGUGGCACCAGGAGUCCCUGCACAUGCGGAGAAAGGUCCAAGACCCACCCAUCAUCCAUGACCUCAAGGUGUCCCUGAAAGAGAUCUACCACAGCUCCACCAAGAGGAUGAUGAUCAUCCGCAGAAGGCUCAACGCUGAUGACAGAACCAUGCAGACUGAGGAUAAGAUCCUAAACAUUGUCAUAAAACGGGGUUGGAAGGAGGGAACCAAAAUCACGUUCCCCAAAGAAGGGGAUGCCACCCCAGACAACAUCCCUUCUGACAUCAUCUUCAUCCUCAAGGACAAGCCUCACUCACACUUCAAGAGGGACAGGACAAACGUGGUCUACACCACAAACAUCAGUCUUAAAGAGGCCUUAUGUGGCUGCACCAUGAACAUUCCCACCAUCGAUGGGCGGGUGAUCCCACUGCCCUGCAACGACAUCAUCAAGCCAGGGACAGUGAAGAGACUACAUGGGGAGGGGCUGCCCUUCCACAAGGCCUCCAGCCAGCGAAGACACUUGAUCGUGGAGGUCAAAAUCCACUUCCCAGACAGAAUAGCUCCCCAGACGAGACAGAUCCUCAAGCAGCACCUCCCAUGCUCCUAG